AUGGAAGUUAUCGGUCUAGCUGAUGUAGACGGAUUUUCAUGUGUCUCAGCGGGAAUUUCUGGAGGAUACGAAACGACAAAUGGGGCUGCUGCUGCUGCUGCUGCUGCUGCUGCUGCUGCUGCUGCUGCUGCUGCUGCUGCUGCUGCUGCUGCUGCUGCUGCAAGUUUAGGGGCAGGCAAAUGCGUCAAGUGGCUUGAGUGA